GUCAGUCAGUUGGUUUUAGAUUUCGGAGAACUCAUUCGAUUUUAUUUACUGCACUUUCAGAUUAAAUAAAAUUGUAUUAUUUAUAGAAAUCUUAAAUCAUGGCAGAUCGUAAAUUAAUUCACGACGAUAUAAAACUUUAUAUAACAGCAGAUAAGUUUUAUUUAGUGCCAAACAUCAAUCCUACUGAAGUUCUGGUAAUAGACAGAGUCACAGGGGAAGCCGCUGUGAAAGAUUUUGUAUCGGUGAAGAUUCCAAUACCGGAAAAUGUGUACAAACCAAUAUGCGGUUUUCUCGGCUCCAUAAAAUUGAUAUCGGGGCAUUAUCUUGUUGUUGCCAAGUACAGAAUUUUGAUUGGCAGGUUAAAUGGUCAUGAUAUUUACCAACUGGCCGGCACUGAUAUUAUCCCAUAUUCAAGGACAACAACGCAUCUCAACAGUAAGCAGAUUGAAGACAACAACACGUAUGAGCGUAUGCUGCGGUACGCUCUGGAGACGCCCGGUAUAUACUUCUCAUACGGAUACGAGCUCACUCACACUCUACAGCGGCUGCACUCAGUCUCAGCUGAUUUCCACAAGAUGUCGAUGGUGGCGCGCGCGGACCCUCGCUUCGUGUGGAACGGCCACCUUCUGAAGGACUUCUCACACGAACAGUUCCAGAACUUCGCGCUUCCAAUCAUACAAGGAUUCGUGUCAAUAAACAACGUGUCAGUGAAAGGUCACCAGCUGACGUGGGCGCUGGUGUCGCGCCGCUCUGUGCACAGAGCAGGCACCAGGUUCUUCAUGCGGGGAGUCGACCCUCAGGGGAACGUAGCGAACUUCGUUGAAACAGAACAGAUAAUAGAGAGAGGAGGUGAGAAAUCCUCGUUCGUUCAGACCCGAGGCUCCAUUCCGCUGUACUGGAGCCAGUACCCGAACCUCAAGUACAAGCCGGCCAUGGAGCUGGCGCACGAGGACCACGUGGCGGCGUACACCAAGCACCUGAUGGACCAGCAGCAGAGAUACGGCAACCAGGUGCUCGUCAAUUUGAUAGACCAGCGCGGCUCGGAAGAAGCCCUGGAGAGGGGUUACCGCGCCGCCGUGGCCGCCGCGGCGUUGCCCGGGGUCAGAUAUGAGCCGUUCGACUUUCACGCCGAGUGCAGGUCCAUGAGGUACCAUCGGCUGAACGUGCUCAUAGACAGAAUAGCUCAUGAGCAGACAGAAUUCGGCUACUUCCUCUCCCGCGGCGGGACCGUCCUCCUCCGUCAGACCGGGGUCUUCCGCACCAACUGUGUGGACUGUCUCGACAGAACCAACGUGGUGCAGAGUCUGCUGGCGCGGCUGCAGCUCAACGCGGCGCUGCAGCUGCUGGCCAUCACGGCCGGUGAAGAGCUUCAACCGGACUUCCAGCACUUGGUCAACAACGUAUGGGCGGACCAUGCAGACACAAUCUCGACGCAGUACUCGGGCACUGGGGCGCUGAAGACGGACUACACUCGCACCGGCAAGAGGACCUACAGAGGAGUACUGCAAGAUGGAAUCAAUUCCCUGACCAGAUACUACAAGAACAAUUUUAGCGAUGGAUUCAGACAGGAUUCAAUCGACUUAAUCCUGGGCAAGUACGCGGUCGCUGAUGGUGAAGACAGCACGGUGCGUUGUCCGCUCCGUCAGGCCAGGGACUGGAAGUACAUCACGUUCCCGUCUGUGUUACUGGUCGCGGUGUCGAUGUUCUGCGCGAGCGCAACUCUGCCGCAGCACUACACCAGCGAGGUGCUCGUGUACCUCAUGUUCUGGGGGGCCGCCGUGGGGGUCACUCUCAGUUACAUCAUGAAACACGGCCCCGAAUUCGUGGACUGGCCGCGUCUAGAAGCGGCCGGUUUGGCUCAGUCUCGCGCGCAGCCGUCCUUAUGAUCGAAGAAAUGCCGCACGUAAUUGUCGUUUAGCUGUCUCUUCAUACGCAAGCCACGGCGCGUAAGUUGACCCACGGUUACAUACAGGUGUCAGGUAUAUAGUUGGGUUUUGAAAGCUGAUAUUUUGGUAGUUAUAGCUUAUUCCGUAAUCGAGGGGUGUUGGGUACAUUAGGCUCAGGAUAUAACUGAGCUGCCUCCCUUUGACAACUGAAUGUUCGAGGCAGAAGUAUAUCCUAUGCUGACUGUACAUUAUUAGUUACCAUAAUUUUUUAUGGCAUAAUUUGUUCACAUAAUUUUUUUUAUCUUUCGUUUCGCAUACAAUUUUAAAUAGUAAAAAAUAUACGAAACGAUGAUUAUGCUUGAAAGUAGUCUACAAAUUAUACCAUAAAAAUUUUGGGGGUCACUUUGGGGGUGGGGUGAACACCAUUUGACUCCAAACCCCAUAAAAAAAGGAAUCAGCUUUCUGACAGUUACCAAAAGUACAACUAUCUCCUAUAUUCCUGAGAUACCUGCGUUGAUUUCCGCCAUUUUGGUUCAACUUAUAUUCCGGGUAUUGUGUAAUGUUACGUCCGAACACAUUGACUACAAAUUUGAAGUUAGGUUCAAUUUUUUAUAUUGAACAGCUUUUUCUAAUUUGUAUUCAAUAUUUAUAUUUAUCCAGAGCCAAAACUUAAUUGAUUUCGCUAGAAUUUUAGUGAGAAGUUGUUCAAAAUAACUGACUGAACCUAACGUUAAAACAUUUGAUUCAUUUUACGCAGAGUAUACAAGCGUUAGAUCGGCAAUAAAAAAGAGAAAGACUCCAGGUUUUCAGUAUGUUAGAGUGAGUAAAACUAUUGUCACCUAUGUUCUGUGUUAACUAAAAACUUUUUUUUUAAUUUAUUACCGGACGAAUUAACAGUAAAUUUUAUGUUUUUUUGACUCUUCAUACGAUUGACAAUCUAACGCAAGUAUAAUCAAUAGACAUCACAGAAAAUGUCGAUUGUUCUACAUGUAUCUUUAGCCAGCUACAAAUUCAAAUUUAGAAUUCGAAACAUAUGUAACAGUGCCUCAUAUACAUUUAUAUAUUCUGUUGCUGGAAUUCAAAAAAGUUUUAUAGUGUUGCAAAAACUUGUUAUACUAUGGGCCUAUGAGAUACCUGGGCCACUUCCCGCUUAAGGAAUGAUGACACAGGCAUCUCCUAGUUUGACUGUACCAACCUUUUACCUAGACGUACAGUGGUCUACAUAGAAAUACGCCUCGAAACCUACGGUAUCCUACAAAAGCAUCUUCUGUGCUUUUGCACCUAAAUGAAUUUUAGGUACGCAUCACAAGGUGGUACACUUUUCUAUGUGACACCCACUGUACGGAGAAACAAUAGAAUCAUUGUAUAAUGUAAGAAAUUAUAUGAAAUCAAAGUGCAAAGAACUUAUCUCUCCAAAGCAUUCGCAAUCUUAUAACCUGGUCAUAAGGUUUAAAAAAUGUUUUUUAAACUAUGUUAUUACGAUAUUUCUGUGAUUGGUCAAAUUUAUUGUCCAUUGUUAUUUUGUUCCGUACUUUUCAUUGUAUUUUAGGACUUAUGGUAUGGUUAAAGAAUGUUGCUUUCUUGACUGUAAAAAGCAGGGCCGUAUUUGGAGAUUAAAUGCCACAAAAGGAAAUAUAAUUAAUUAGAAAGGUAAAAUAGGUAUGAAACAUAAAUAUGUUUCCUUAUGCCUUAAAUAAUAAGAUCUAAAAAACGAAAUACACAUAUUAAAAAAAAUAAACGAAGGGUCAAUACAUAAAGCCCACCUCUAAAUCCGGCCCUGGUGAAACGUCAAUUUAGACACGUGAUUUCUGUGUGUGAAAUAUUGUUAAGGUUCAGACACACAAGAUAUUAAAAAACGAAUACGAUUGUUAAUAUUCAAGUCUUCAAGUUCGUCUAGCAUUAAUUGGUUCUAAUAGAAAAUUCAAGGAAAUAAUUGCAUUUAUUUAAGCCUAUGUGCUGUGGCGCAGUGGUCGUGUUGAUGUUCUGAGUCACAAGGGUUCGAUCCCCGGUCAGGUCAUGAUGAAAAACGGAAAUUUCAAUGAAAGAAAGGUCUUAGAUGUUAUCCAGUGUGUCUGGCCUGAAUGUCAUGCAUUUCUCCCGUAUUGGGUCCCACAAAGUUAAUGGCUUAUUCAUCAUUUCAGACGAAAUUUUUCUGCGCAAUUGUCGUUUCGCAUUACGUUUUGCACAUUAAAAUUUAAUAUAAUCUGUGCGCUUGACAUUUUUGAGACCCAAUAUGGACCCAAAGGUCAUCAUUCCAUUAGGGACCUUUUAGGUCCGGUAGUCAAUUUCCGUGGAACAAAGCGUGGUUGUUUUUUUUUAUAUUUACAGCCACCUGUACAGAAACAUUGCCCCAUAUUACUUUCCAAAACUAUAGGUGGGUCAAGUUUAUUUGCAGGCGACUGUACUAGUAUGAUGUUUCACACUAGCGUGUGAAAUUAUUUACAGAAGACACACACAAAUUACGUCUUUAUACCUCACGGAAUAGACAGAGCCAAUAUUCACAAGACUCAAAGGCCACGUUUAGUAAGAUGGAUCAAUCAUGGAUAGAAUUACUAGUCUACACUGUGAGUGAAGCAUUGAAGAAUGUUUUUAACCUAAAUUCUAGGUAAAUGUAUAGAUUCCAGCUCUAAAUCCCUUAAACGAAGACACAUUUCGUGAAUCUCGUUCUUUUUCUACUGUGUGAUGGCACUUAAAAUUUAAUUUCCUUGAGUAUUUACUUUAUAGCUAAUGGGUUUUUUGACAAAUUACAUUGACUUUGAAUAAUAGGCGUAGAUAAUAUGUACAAAUCUUUAUCUCACUAUUUCUAAUGAGGAUACAGUGUAAUUAGAUAAUUACCGAUAGCAUUUUGUGCUGGUGGCUACAAAACUCCUGCUUAUUUUUUCUUUUAAUAAGAUGAAAAUUUAUUGAAAGAAAAAAUAAGAAUAUAAAAAAAAAUUAUAAGAAGAAACUUGGGAUUGCUCUUCGAGGGGUUAGGCUAUCAAUCUAUCACUAUAUGAAUCUCAAUUCUAUCAUUAAGCCAAAUAGCUGAACGUGGCCAUUCAGUCUUUUCAAGACUGUUGGCUCUGUCUACCCCGCAAGGGAUAUAGACGUGACGUGAUAUAGAUAUAAUAUGGAGAUGGCAAACGACAAAACGGACGGCUUUUAAUGUUUUAAAUGUAGAAAUGACAUUGCUUUGUUUUUUAUUUUUUAAUGUGAAAAAGUUCUUUUUUCAAAUACUUUUUAUUGAAAUAAUCUUAAAAUUAAUUACUAAGUAUUUGUAUAUGUGAAUUUUGUACGUAUAUUUUUAAUGUUAUUUCUUUAUUUAUAAAUUGGCCAAAAUGUAAAUUGGCUUACUUGUGUACACAUAGAUAUCAUUAAUAUGCAUUAAUCUUUGAUAGUUUUUUUUUUAUUUUGUUAAUAUAGUACACAUGGAAGUACCUACAUACAAACUGAAAACUAAAAUUUUAAUAAAAAUGUCCGAAUGAAAAAUGAAAAUCCGUCCUAUCUCUUUCUAACUAAGUCAAUUAGAAAGAGACGGAUCUAAAAAUUCCUAGGUAUUUUUUUCCUUUCUGGAUUUUGUGUCAGUGUAAUUAUUGUGUACUUCCGUGGUUGAAUCUUGUAAAUAUUCGUUAGUUAAAUUAGCAAUGUUGUUUCUACACAAAUAAACCUUGUUGAUAUAUUGUAUUUCUUUAUGUGAUUGGAUAAUUAUUAUUGAUAAUUUAAUGAUAGUUUUACGGAAAGGAUUAUUUAACUUCAAUAAAGCGUCAAUCGAA